CAAUGAAACAAGACUAAUAAGCAAUAGUCAAAUUAAAUUAACAAAGCUCCAAACUGGGCACUUUAAAACUCAACAUUAUUGUUAGAACAAAGUAAAUUAACAGUUCGAAACUUUCCUAUAGACUAACAGUUAAAUAUUUAACACCGCUUUGAUCCAUUAUUAAGUGUACAAAUGAGCGAGCGAUGCAACAAGUCCGCCCGCCCGCCCGUCAGUACCGCCGCGACGAUGGCAUCGGACGGACGCACGAAGCGCUCGCAGUCGAUAUGCGCGCCGGCCUCCGCAAGCAUGGAGGCCCUCGUGGCCCCAAUGGAGACCACACCCGCGCCGCGCCGUCGCCCUGCAACUCGCUCCCAAUCCGCCAGAAUCACUGGAGGCCGAAGUGUCAGACACCGGCGGCAGCAACAGCAGCAGCAGCUUGAUAAAGAGACCAGAGCACGCUACAGUUCCGAACCACGAUUAGCAGAAGCAGAAACACCCCCUCAAGUGAGAAGGCAAGCUUCGGCAAGGCGCAGACCGCCGCCCGGACAUAACACCCAACCACGCCGCUCCAAUGCCUUCCUGGAUGUUCCUAAACCACAUCAACCAGAACAAGAGGAACCUGAUGAGGAUUCUUACAGACUCCGCACCUUCAACAUCACACAGAAAGGAGGAAUCGUGAAUCGUGGCGACUCAUUCCGCCGCCGCCGCUCCCGCUCCGGGUCCCUAGCACCGUCGCCCGCGCAGCCCGAACCUAGCGAACGACGUGUGGUCGCCCUACACAGGGUCGCCAUGGUUGGGGCGCCUGGCGUGGGGAAAACUGCACUCAUCAGCCAAUUUCAGACUAGCGAGUGUAUUAACGCGUAUGACAGACAGAGAGAUCCUGAUGCGGAACAGAAAGUAUCCAUUAUGCUAAACGGGGAGGAAUCAGAAUUAUACUUCGUCAACUGUACUACUGCUAAGGAGGAAAUCGACCGCUCAGAGCCUCCAGACGCAUUCGUGGUCAUAUACAGCGUGGUCGACAAGGCGUCCUUCCAGAAGGCUGAGCAGGAGUUGGCCAGGCUACUGGACUGCGAUAUGCUGAGGUCAAGGCCAGCUGUGCUGGUUGGGAACAAGAUAGACUUGGCACGGAGUCGGGCUGUCUCCACACAAGAUGGCAAAUGCCUAGCGUGCACAUACAAAGCGAAGUUCGUCGAAGUCUCCGUCGGAAUCAAUCACAAUGUGGACGAACUUCUAGUCGGUAUCCUCAGCCAGAUUAGACUAAAGAAACAACAGUAUUCAGCCGAAGGUGGAAGGGAGUCAUCCCCAGCCCAUUGGUACAAAUCCAGAGGCGUAGUACGGGCAAGCAUGAAGGCCCGACAAAUGCUCACCUGGAUAUUCGGGAAAGAGGAUUCCAAAUUCAAAAACUGUGAGAACCUAAACGUCCUGUGAGUAGAGAACGACGGACCUGUGUUCGUCUAAUGGAAUUUGGACUUUAUAACAAGUGUGGUUAAGUGUAAAUUUGCAUUGUGUUCGUUUUAAGUGUUAUAUUCGAUUUUACUUUUAAGUUUAACGCGGAGACGUUUCAGCCAGUGAUUUAUUAAAGUUGGUGAUAAACGAGUGAAAGCUUAUCCAGAGAUAAAAGUGAUAUAGUUUGGCCCAGGACUGUCUCGUUUUAAACAUAGACAGAGAGAAUCAUACUGUCUUUGUCUUACGCUAGUACUUAGCCCCCAAAAGAAAGGGAUGAGUAUAAUUUUCCUGGUUCUUACUGACUGGCAAUUUGUGUUUGCCAGACUAUAAAUAAUACUUUUAUGCUGGAAAGAUCAAACAGUGAGUUGAAAAAAAACUUUUUGCAACUUAUUAGCUCGUUUAUUACUUACGCUAAAGCAGUUGAUUGUCUUUGGGAUCUUGGACCAAAGAAAAAACAAUAAAUGCAAGGAUAAAAACACAAAUGACGCAUCAGGUAUGCCCUGCGUUUCAUGUCACCAAUAUUUAUAGUAUCAUACCCAAAUGGUGUGAUCAAAUAAAAGGAAAAGCGACUAUCGACUGCAUCUCAUUUUAACAAAUAGCUGCAUCUCUAUCAAGCCAACCCCGAAAACAAUCAACUCGCACGCUCGCAUACUAAUGGCUACAAUUUUUCAUCAUGUUUUAUCUCUCUCUAACGCGUAAGAGAGAGGAAUAAAGCUAAUACGUUUCUGAAAUGGAGUCGUAAAGUAACGCCAAAUAGCUAAAUUGGUAGAUUUAAAUCGUUAUUGUGCCAAAUUUUCGAGAGAAUUUAAUCUAUAAUCGUUAAGUGUGUUAGUCUAGGUAAAGGAAAAUUAAGUGAGAAAUACAGUAUUUUCCCGUGUUUAUCUUAAAAUGACGUAUCAGCAAUAUUUUACUCUUAAGUCUUAAGUGACACAAUUUAUCAUGUAGUGUAAUAUAUAUCGAGUUUAUAGGACCAUGCUGUGUAUUGUAAGAUAUACAACUUGUAUCUAUGUAUAUAUAUACCUCAACCACAGAUUAUUAUUAGUAACAAUCUUUGGAAGACCAAACUUAACCUGAAAAUAUAAACAUUAAUACGUAAUAAUAUAACUAUGUCCUGCCUCCCAUAUACAGAAAAGUUAGUCCAAAAGGCAUUCCUUUAAACUCAUACGAUCCAAGCUGUAUUAUAAAUGCAGUUUUUGUAAUUUUUCAGUUAGAUCAUUAGAAUGAAAUCUAAUUAUAUUUAUGUACAGAAGUUCUAAGAAAAAGAACCUCUAAAUUGCACAUUCAGUAUAUUGUAAGGGAUAUACGACCUUUUCAUGAAUACGUAAAUUAAUUUUCUAAUAUUAAUCAGGGUCCACUUAUUCCUUCCAUCUAGGCCAAACCUUAAUCUACAAAUUAAACAUUAAUUAAUUAAUUAAAGACAAAAAUUUACCACAAUUUUGAUAAAGUACCAUAAGGGCCAGCUGAGCUCUCCCAAAACCCACGAUUAGAAGUACUUCCAGACAGACGGACAGACGGACAGUGGAGUCUUUAUAAUAGGGUCCCGAUUUUACCUUUUUGGUACGGAACCCUAAAAACCAUAGAAUGCAGGUUUGUUGCUUUUUAAAAAUAAAAGAAUGUUGCCUUUAAGUAAAAUGAGCUAACUUAAGGUUUUAAUGCACUUUCCCUCCAGGGCCCAUUAUUUUUUCCCACACUGUGUGUAUUUAAUAUGUGAGUCUCAUGGAAGUUUUGUAAUUCAAAUAUACAUGGACAUAUUUACAGACUAUGUAAUACAUAUUAAAAUUACCUUAUUUAGUAAUUGUAUAUAAUAUCGCGAGUGCACCCGUGGAUUUGAAGUUGUAAAAACAAAAAUCGUGUUAACGUUAAGUACGUCAUACACCAAUUUUCGUGUCUUUUCUCGAUUAGUUGUAGAGAAAUACUUAGUAUAACUUAACAUAAUGUUCUACCAAAUUAAUUUUGUAUCAAGCCGCAACGUCUGCGAACCAUGCUAUUAAGCUUAGAAACGAAUUAAAAGUGGAAAGUGGCCGUGGUGGUUAUGGCCUCCUUAAGGCUCAUAUCGUCGCUAUACUUACUCAACCUCAUAUCUGCAACAAUCAUUUGUAUUGAUCAACAAUCAUUUGUAUUGAUGGAAAUGUCGCUUUUCUUUCAUUCGGAAUACGGGGGUUUUGGUCAUCAAAUGAGUGUUGCAGAUACGAGGUUGAGUAAGUAUAGCGGCGAUAUAUGGUGGAAAUAUUCGCUGUAUUUGGUAAGGUCUAAGGAAUUUCAGAUGGCAGAGCACUAGCCUAGCGAUCUAGUAGUCGUGGGUUCAAGUCCCACCCAAGACAGUGAUCUUUCCACUUUUAAUUUGUUUCUAAGCUC